AACAUUGUUUUAUAUUCUUAUUUUCGAAAGAAGAUAAGACUUGAGUUUUUAUUACGAUGUUACUUUUGGCGAAUAGAGGAAGAGUUUUGUAUUCAGCUAUCACGAAGACUAAUUUUCCGUAUAUAUGUAGAAUAUUAAAUGAGAACAGAACUUUCAACUCCGAAAAUUCUAAUAAACAAAAUGAAAUUACUAUUGGCGGUUUAGCUAAAGCACUUGGUAAAUUUCGUGAAUUAGAGCAUUCUGAAGGCAAAGAUAUAAAGACAACAUCUGAAAAACCGAAAAGUUUUCUGCACUUACUUAGGCAUUCACAAUUUGUACAGAUGGGUGAUCCUUGCGGUAAAAUAGUGACUGGAAAGAUAUUUCAAGUCGUUAACACUGACUUAUACAUCGACUUUGGUGGAAAAUUUUAUUGCGUCUGUAGGAAACCUAAAAGGAAUUCUGAGCUUUAUGUCAGGAAUGCCACUGUUAAAGUUCGCAUAAAUGAAUUGGAACUAUGUGCUAGAUUUCUUGGUGCAACAGAAGAUUUGACAUUGACAGAAGCCAGCGGUACAUUAUUAGAUCUCAUUUGGUCUCCAUUAAAUACAGAAAAAUCAGAUGUAAAGUAGAAAAUUAUACCUAAAUUUUUUUUGUAUAUACUAAAUUAUUCAGGUAUUAAAAUUUUCUAUUUCAAAUUUG